ACCAGCCUACGUGAGUGUUUUUACCCCAUCCACGUUAUCGAACCCCCAUGACAUUGAAGUCAUUUACCGGAUCCUCACCUGAUAAAGACCUACGUCAGGUGAUACUCAUCAUGAAUUAACUAACUGGGAACGACGUCACUACUGAACCACCGUUGAACCAUCGGCUAGUCCAACUUCACGUGUCGCCAGACACACCAUCUUGUAAUGCACCCGCCAUGGUGUCAGCACAUCUGAUCGGGUCCUCUUGCUAUCAAGAUCCGUGUCAGAGAGGAAACAUGGAAAGCUCACUGAGCGCUGGCACCACCAACAAGACGGUGAUGGACCGCUAUAUGAAGCUGCCUAUGCCUGAUGACAAGUGCCAAGUGAUGUACGUGUGGGUGGACGGUACAGGCGAGAACCUCCGCUCCAAGACCAGGACACUCGACUUCGUGCCCAAAGACCCUAGUGAGUUACCAAUCUGGAACUUCGACGGGUCAUCGACGGGCCAAGCUAAAGGUACCAACAGCGACGUGUACCUUCAUCCAGUCGCUAUUUAUCGGGAUCCGUUCCGACUUGGAAAUAAUAAGUUAGUGCUGUGUGAUACCUACAAAUAUGAUAAUACACCAACUAAUACAAACCAUCGUAUGACUUGCUUGGAGGUUCUGAAGAAAGCAGAAGACCAAGAGCCGUGGUUUGGAAUGGAACAGGAGUACACUCUUCUGGACAUAAAUAGUCACCCCUUGGGUUGGCCAAAGAAUGGCUUCCCGGGCCCUCAGGGUCCCUACUACUGUGGCGUAGGAGCCAACAAAGUCUUCGGCAGAGAUGUGGUAGAGGCUCACUACAGGGCGUGUCUGUACGCUGGUAUCAACAUUUCUGGAGAGAACGCAGAAGUAAUGCCAGCACAAUGGGAGUUCCAGGUGGGUCCCUGUGAAGGCAUCACUAUGGGUGACGACCUCUGGAUGGCCAGAUACCUCCUUCACCGUGUCGCUGAAGACUUUAAUGUUGUGGUAUCCCUGGACCCCAAGCCCAUCCCUGGAGAAUGGAAUGGGGCUGGAAUGCACUCCAACUUCUCCACAAAAAAGAUGCGAGAAACAAAUGGAAUUUUGGAGAUAAACAGAGCAGUGGACAAUCUUUCCAAGAAUCAUGCCAAGCACAUCCAAGCUUACGAUCCCCGUGGAGGUAAAGACAACGAGCGUCGCUUGACUGGUCGUCUCGAAACCUCUUCCAUUCACGACUUCUCUGCAGGUGUGGCCAACAGAAGCUCCUCCAUUCGUAUUCCUCGAGGGGUAGCUGAGGAGAAGAAAGGGUACCUGGAGGACCGUAGACCGUCCUCCAACGCUGACCCAUACGUUGUCUCAGAGAUCAUUGUGCGCACCAUCUGCCUCGAUGAUUUCUAGUGGCCAGGAGCACAAAAUGCUCUCUACUGGAAGCCCAUUGCUUGUCUUUUCAGCAUAAUUGUUAAGCCUAUUAUUUAAUUAACACUACACCUGUAUAAGUAAUCAUGGGUGUUAAUCAUCUCAUUACCUAAUAUUUAUAUCUCUGCUAUCAUUAAAUUAAUAUUGCAAGCAAAUCAUUUC